CAAAUUGGCGUUGGAAUGUCCCAUAAUAAACGGAACCUUGUGCAUCGGAAGUCGAUACGCGCCCAAAGGCAGUUGAUAAAGCAAAAUUCAAAGCUAAAUGGCCUGAAUGUGAAUGUGGCCAGGACACGGCCGCGGUUCCCCACUCCGGAGGUGGCAAAAGACGGCAGCACGAAUCCAGCCUCUAGUGCCGUCGUAGUGGCGCCAUCACAACACCAAAGCACACCACAGCAGCCCCCGCAACAGCCACAGGGAGGGCGCACCACAUUUACCCCUCCUUCUACACCACAACCAACACCACGAGCACGGGCAUGGGCAUGGGGAUGGGCAUGGGCAUGGGAGGGGGCAUGCAUCUGGGGCACGAUGGCGGCGGCCAGGUGCUGGGCACCCUCCUCCUGUCGCCCAUCAAAGAGAUGGACAGCUCCUCAUCGAAUAACACUCUGAUUCCAGGACACCCAGCCAC